ACCGUCAUGGAGUUUGUGCAGCAAGCGCGGGAAUUGGUUUGCUGGGCGGUGGAAGAGAUGGAGGCGCCGGAGGCAGCCCGGGCCCCGGAGUCGACCCUGCGCAGGCUGUGUCUGGGCCAGGGGGCUGACAUCUGGGCCUAUGUCUUACGGCAUGUGCACAGCCAGAGGAACGUCAAGAAGAUCCGGGGAAACCUACUCUGGUAUGGCCACCAGUCCAGUCCAGAGGCCUGUCGGAAGUUCGAGCUGGAAGCUGCUGUUGCCCGCCUACGGGCAGAGAUCCAGGAGUUAGACCAGACCUUGGAGCUGAUGGAUGAGGAGACGGAGGCUCAGGACAUGGCCAUGGAGCAGGCGCUGCAGAGCAUGCGAGACACCCAGCGGCGUGCUCUUCUCCUCCGGGCCCAAGCUGGGGCCAUGAGAAGACAGCAGCGUGGACUCCAACAUCCCAUGCAGUGGCUACAGAAUCAGCUCAGGCAGCUGCAGGACAUAGAGAGGAAGGCUAAAAUGGAUGUGACCUUUGGACGCUUGACAUCAGCAACCCUGAGCCUGGAGCCUGUGGUCCUGAGUGAUGUCCGAACAGCCUGUGCCCUCCGAAGCCAGUUCCUGCAGAACCUCCUGACUCCUCAGGCCAAAAGAGGCAGCAUCCCAACCCCUCAAGAAGACCACUUUGGAACUUCCUACCAGCAGUGGCUUAGCUCAGUGGAGAAUCUGCUGACAAACCACCCUCCAGGCCACAUCUUGGCCGCCCUGGAACACCUGGCUGCAGAACGGGAGGCAGAGAUUCGGUCCCUGUGCAGUCCAGAAAGGCUCCGAAAUACAGAGAUAGCCAGGUCCCAAGCACCAGGCCAGCCACACGCCAGCCAGGCCCUGCCAUCCGUGGUGCAUCUCAUCCAGGAGGCCUGGCAAGCUGUGGGUGUGCUGCUCACCCAGCGGGGCCCCCUCCUGAAGGAGCAUCAAAUCCUGACCCGGCGCCUCCAGAGCCUGAUGGAGGAAGUAGAAAGAUGUACCCUGGGAUCAAGCAAGAGGCAAGCGUUGGUGCUGGGGCUCCGAGACUGUGGCCUGUGGGCAGAGCUCAAAGCCCUGUGUGCCCAGAUCCAGGAGCUGGAGGAGGCAGCUGGACAGCGGCAACUUCUGCUGCAGGAGCUACAGGCCAAACAGCAACGAAUCCUGCGCUGGCGCCAGCUGGUGGGGGAGACACAAGAACAGGUUCGCCUGCUCGUCAAGGGCAACUCAGCCAGCAAGACGCACCUGUACCAGAGCCCAGGGGAGCUGUUGGCUCUGGUUCAGCGAAAAGUCGUCCCCACAUCUGAGGCGGUGACACCACUGAGCCAGGAGCUGCUUCACUGUCUAGAGAAGGAGGCCCAGCACCUGUCCCACCUGCUGGGCACCCAGCUGCGGCACAGGCCUGGAGGACUGCAGCCCCUGCCCACAAUCCUGCCAUCCAUCCACCAGCUUCAUCCUGCGUCCUCAAGGGGCUCCAGCCUCAUAGUGCUUAGCCACAAGCUGGGGCUGCCUACAGGGAAGGCUUCAGAGCUGCUACUCCCAAAGGCUGCCUCUCUUCGCCAGGACCUUCUGUUCUUCCAGGACCAGUGGAGUCUCCGGUGCUGGAAUCAGCUCCACAUGAAGACCAGCCUGCCGCCAGGUCCAUCCACCCAGGAGUUGCUGCAGAUCCGUGCAUCCCAGGAAAAGGAGCAGAAAGAGAAUCUGGGGCAGGCUCUGAAGCAGCUGCAGGACCUGCUGAAACAAGCUCUGGAGCGAAUCCCCGAGUUGCAGAGGGUUGUGGGGGACUGGUGGGAUCAGCCAGGCCAAGUCGCCCUCUCUGGGGAGCUCUGCCAGGGCCUGUCCCUGCCCCAGUGGCAGCUGCGCUGGGUCCAAGCCCAAGGCACCCUGCAGCAGCUGUGCAAAUGAAGAGGGGACUUAAAUAGGAGUUAAGAGCUUCACAUUUGUUCACCCUGACACCUCAACUCCCCCAAUAUGGAAGACAGCGUUGCCUCCAGUGUGUUACCCAUUGUCUCUACCCACACUUGCCAUUCCUCUCACAGGCUGUUCUGCUUUUCCUCUCAACUGCCUUACUCCUGUCCUUUCAUCCCACCAAAGCUGAAAGAAUGCAGCACUCUGGACCCUGCCUGAGGUCCCCCUGAAACUCCCCUCAUCACUUUCACCCUCAGCCUAAAGUAAUUUAGUACCUGCUGCAAACACUGAGUAUCCAGUAUUAAAUAAAAUGGACAAAAGUCCCUAUUUCCAGGAAGUUCUAGAACAACAAAACAGACCACUGACAAGUAAGCAAAAUAUCUAGUAUGCUGGAAGAUAACUGCCAUAAAGAAAAAUAAAGCAGGCUAUAGACAGUAUGAUUUUAAAUAGAGGGCUGCAAAGUAACGGUCACCCUUGGUAUAUGUGAGAGGCAUGCAAAGGUCCUGAGUGCAGAUGAGCUAGCUAGUGUGCCGGACAAGGAGGCAGUGCAGCUAGGGGUAUGGGUAGGGGGCGGGGGGUUAAGAGAUGAGAUGAGAUUGUCUUCUAGUUUUUAUAUAGUUUCUUUUUAUAUAUUUAAAUCUCUGAGUCAUUUGGAAUUUAUGCAAAUGGAUGCAUUUUACAUAUAUCCCGAUAGCACUUAUUAAAAUAGAGUAGUGGUUGCCUCUGAAGGAGUGAUAGGUGGCAGGAAUCAACAAAUGAGACAAGGAAACUUUCUAGAGCUGGAAAUGUAUUGCAGUUGCCCUUGAACAAUGCUAGGGUUAGGGAUGCCAGCCCUCUGGCACAAUUGAAAAUCUGCAUAUAACUCACUUUUGACUCCCCAAAACGUUUACUAAUAGCCUGCUCUUGACUGGAAAGAAGCCUUACCGAUAACAUAAACAGUCAAUUAAUACACAUUUUGUAUGUUUCAUGUAUUAUAUACUAUAUUCUUACAAUAAAGUGUGCUAUGAAAAAAAGUUCUUAAGAAAAUCAUAAGAGAAAGUACAUUUACAGAACCAUAUGUAUUUAUUGAAAAAAUCCACAUAUAAGUGGACCUCUACAGUUCAAACCCAUAUUGUUCAAGGGUCAACUGUAUAUGGCGAGAGUGGUAUGGUUACACAGGUAUGUAGAUUCAUCAGAUCUCAUUGAGCUGGACUUUUUAGGUCUGUGCAUUUUACUGUGUGAAUUAUUCUUCAAUUUAUAAAGUAAAACUUUACCCACCUAAACUUUAUAAAGUAAAAGUUUGGGUGACUUGAGUUGCUACCUUUUCAUACACUAAAUUUCCAUGAGUAAUUGAGCUAUAUCUGAGUUCUCUCCAAGCCCAUUGUCUGACUUGUGCCAUCCUCAUGGUUUUUUAAUUAUACAGGCUUUGUAAUACCUUUUAUUUUUAUUUUUCUUAAGUUGUUUUUAUUUAUUUUUAGAGAAAGGGGAAGGGAGUGAGAAAGGAGAGAAACAUCGAUAUGUGAGAGAAAUACCCAUCGGUUGCCUCUCGCACAUGCCCCAGCAGGUGACCUGGUCCACAAUCCAGGCAUGUACCCUGACCAGGAAUCAAACCAGCAACCUUUUGCUUUUCAGGGCAAUGCCCAACCAACUUAGCCACACUGGUCAGGGCUGUAAUACCUUUUAAUAUCUGAAAUGGCUGGUUGCCGUCUUAUUAUUCAAGGUUUUCCUGUCUCUUGCUAAUUUUUUCUCCCAGUGAAAUGAACUUUAUACCCAACUUACCUGGCUCCAGAAGAAAGACAAACACAGAUGGGAGGUUUAGUGGGGUUGUAGUAAACAUAUAAAUUAGGCAGAUUUGACAUCUUUGUGAUCUUGAACCUGGUUUUCCACCUCCUCCCAAGGGAGGACAGUGAGGGCCUCCAAAGUACCCUCACUCUCCCAAUGCUCCUCCUAUCCCUGGCUAUUCUUCCCCAGUCUUUAUACAUUUUCUUUCCUAUAUGCCCCCUCCUCCCUUUCUUGUUCUCAGCUCCCAAUCCUCAUCUCCCUGCUGAAUAUGGAAGUCCUUCCCCACUCCUUGCUUAGUUUUUCUCCAUAGUGUAUCUUCUAACAUACUGUGUUUUAUUUUAUCUUUCAUUGGGCAAACUUUCUGAAAUAUUCAAAACCCAGAUGCAAUCGAGGGAAAUUGACAAAAACAAAAUUUUGUAUCAUAAAAAAGGCAAAGUAAUAAAAAUGACAAAGUAGGAAUAAACUUUGCAAC